GUAGCAUAAAUGCUGGGAAAUCCAGCUGGAUUCUAACUGGACCUUUGCUCUAAACAGUUGAUGGUAGUCAAUUUUUACUUUGUAUCAUUUUAUCAUUUAUUAGUGACAAAAUGAUUAGAAAGAAGAACACGUCUCAAACUCCGUUCAAAGCAGCUAGCGCUUUUCACAGCGUGCAGAGCAGAUAUGCUGUAGCAGCACUGAGGCUCUUCCCGCUUGCCCCGCCCCCUCUGCAGUCUCAUUGGCCUUCGCCGGGCAUAUAAACCCAUUUACUUUACGGAUCAGAAUGAGCAAAUCCGAAAAGGAUGUGCGCAUCACGCCACCAUCAUCAUCCACAUGCUGCUGAAGCCGGUAGUGACCAGGAACGUGCUCCCAGUUCACAGCGUUAAAGUAUCAUUACAGCCGUAUCAAAUGAACCAUCUGGAAACGUCAUCGUUAUCUCUUUAUCUCGUACGCGUACCGCUUCAGGAAGAGAGCUAGUCGAGUUUGACAGAGACCGGAAUCGUUUAUGUCUAAGUAAAGGGAUUAAUUUCGCCGGAAUGGUGGCAGGUGAGCUUCUUCAGGAGCAGCAUGUUCUGCCCGACAGCGCACCUGACGGAGGAAAUACAGACGAGGACGGCGGCUACAAGGAGCUUUCAAAUGGAUCGGCGCGCAUAAAGCUGGAUCCGAAGGUGCUUGAACAAGAGCUCCCACCUCCCGACGAAAAAGAGGCGAUGCUGCCCGGCGAACGGAACAACGACUCGCUGGAGACGAGGCUUUACUGGAGGCGGUUUGCGGUCCUAGCCGUGUUCAGCCUCUAUUCGCUCGUCAACGCCUUUCAGUGGAUCCAGUACAGCAUCAUUACCAACAUCUUCAUGGACUAUUACAGCGUGACGAGCAUCGCGAUCGACUGGCUCUCCGUGGUCUAUAUGGUCGCGUACGUGCCUUUGAUCUUCCCCGCGACGUGGCUGUUGGAUAAGAAGGGGCUGAGGGUGACGGCGUUGUUAGGGGCCGGGCUGAACGCCCUGGGCGCGUGGGUGAAGUGCGCCAGCGUGGGGCCGGGCCUGUUCUGGGUCACCAUGACCGCCCAGAUCAUAUGCUCUGUGGCUCAGGUGUUCAUCCUCGGCCUGCCCUCCAGAAUCGCAUCGGUCUGGUUCGGCCCGAGAGAAGUUUCCACGGCCUGUGCCACGGCGGUGUUGGGCAACCAGCUUGGUGUGGCCAUAGGUUUCCUGCUCCCACCUGUACUGGUUCCCAACACAGCCGACGACAAAGAUCUCAUGGGUCACAACAUCAGCAUAAUGUUCUAUGGAACAGCUGGAGUUUCAACUCUGCUCUUCCUUUUGACAAUAUUUGUCAUUAAGGACAGACCUCCACUUCCACCCAGCAAAGCACAAGCUGUUCUCUCCACCGGUCUGGCUGAAGACUAUUCAUACAGGAAAUCAAUUGUCAACCUCUUCAAGAACAAGCCCUUCAUUCUGCUCCUCAUCAGCUACGGCAUCAUGACCGGAUCAUUCUACUCUGUAUCAACACUUCUUAAUCAAAUGAUAAUUACUCAUUAUCCGGGUGAAGAGCUAAACACAGGGAGAAUCGGCUUGACUUUGGUCGUGGCUGGAAUGUUUGGCUCCAUACUGUGUGGAAUCUGGUUGGACCGUACAAAAACCUAUAAAUUGACUACAUUGAUCGUCUACGUCCUGUCCUUCAUUGGAAUGGUGGUGUUCACAUUCACACUAAACCUGGAAAAGCUGCUUGUUAUCUUUUUCACUGCUGGUGCCCUAGGGUUUUUUAUGACCGGUUACCUUCCCAUUGGCUUUGAAUUUGGCGUGGAGAUCACAUACCCUGAGUCGGAGGGCACAUCAUCUGGUCUUCUGAAUGCCUUUGCACAGGUGUUCGGCAUCAUUUUUACUCUUAUUCAAGGGCGUCUAACCACAGACUAUGGCCCACUCAGCGGAAACAUUUUCUUGUGUGCUUGGAUCCUCCUUGGCAUUGUUCUAACAGCUCUGAUUAAAUCGGACCUCAAAAGACACGGCGUCAAUGUGAGCAAUAUAAACAAAGGACAAGCAAAGGUUCCCACUGAACUGCCUUCUGAAAAAGCCUCCAGUGACGCCAAGCUGGAGUCUUCUAGCUUACCUCAUGAGACUUCAAUUUAAACCUUAAACGUCUCCAACAGCACAUCAGACAUCGCUACCGAUCACAGACUCUCCUGAGAUGACUUGAAAUCUCCUUAUUUUGCCGUAAUGUGAUGAUGUUAUAAAGAACGUUCGUUGAAAACGGACGGUGAUAAUUUGUUCACAAAUAUGCUGUGAAUUAAUUUCUCCAAAUCUAGGCUGCAAUGUGUAUAUACAAUCUGUCUUAAAAUGAUACAUGCAUGAUCAUUUCUAUUCGUUUCAAGAUUUGUGGACCAAAUAUUAGGUAUUUAACUGGUCUUGUAAUGGCCAUAUGCACAAUCUUUUCGGUGUGUUUGGAACAGCAUGUUUGUUUGCUUCGUCUCAAAGUCCUUUCUGGCUGUGUGCUACCGUGAAGCAGUGUUGUUUAUUUCUCACAUCAGCUGCUGCAUUGCAGAACAUCUACGCGUGAUGGUUCCACAAAGCCCAUAAAUUCCCAUUUUAUUUAUUGAGGAUGUUGAGGAUUGCCCAUGCGUUAAAUGAAUGGUGUUAUAUAAACCGAAAAGGCUUAUUAUGUCAAAUGUAGUGCAUGGGUAAACACAAUCGAGUGCUAUUCACUUGCCACGAUGAGACUGUCGUCAUUUCAAGUUUUUAUGCAGUUAUCGUGAGGUAAAAUCAAAUGGUGUGUACUGCUUUUUUGAUCUGAAAAACAUAAAAAAAAACAUACUUGUUCAGACUUAUCUGGAGAGCACAACUCGAUCUGACAGCAUUUCUAUCGCAUUCAAUGCUUGUCAUUCAAAAAGGCAUGUGAUCCAUUUACAAGAGUGUGUCACUGACAGGCCUAGUGAGGUUUUAUGAAAUUUCAUACCUCAAAUAUGUGGUUGAAAGAAGCACUAUUAAUUUUAUAAGCCUAGGUUUGCCUUUUAUUAACUAAUUUUUGUAUUUUAGAUGCAUAUUUAUUGGGAAGAUUGCUUUUUAAGAAUUGCUUUUGUAUUUAUUAAUUUUUUUGGUUCAAUUUCUACUGUUUCUACUUAGUAGUAUACUUGUCGGUGAAUGAAGGCAGCUGUGCAAACUCCGGUUCCAAAUGAUGCUGGGAAAAAUUCACUGUAGAGUAAAACUCUGAACACUGGAGGAGUGAAGUGUCUCAUGUUUCCAUCAUUGCUGUUGUAAAAUAAAAAUAAAAUCGCUCAAAUUAAA